AUGCUAGGGAGAACACUGAACACUAGUGCUACCAUUUUCUUUAGGCACUGGACUUGUGCUUCACCUUGUGGGAAGUACAUGGCAGUUAUACAUGCCAUACUUAACGCCAGUCAUUGGAACAAUGCAUAUUAUUAUAUUACAGAUAUUGAGAAACCAGAUUUCAAACCAGAUUAUCAGACUGUCAGUGAAGGUGGAACUGCGAUAUUCAUAUGUACUUUGCCCAACGGUUUUCCAACACCUAUCACCAUCACAUGGAUCAAAGAUGGCAGUGUAUGUGAUGUGUCUGAUACUGAGAAGUAUCCACAGUCAGAUACAAUAUUUGAGAUCAGCAGCGUCAAUAAAACAGAUGAAGGACGCUACCAAUGUCGAGCAGAGAAUGCAGAAUACAGUGGGGAUGAAGGAAAGUUGAGUAAUACAGGAAAACUCUCAGUGAAUUACAAACCUGAAUUUUCUUUAGCAAAGGAAGAUACUGUUUUGUCUUAUGAAACGUAUGUUAUUGAACUUGAUGUGUCAGCUAAUCCCAGUUGUGUUACUUAUCAAUGGACCACCGAUCCUUCUGGACUUGAAGAAACAGAUACUAACCUAGCAAUUUUCAAAGUCAAUGUACGAAAGCGUAAGGACAAAAUGUUCAAAAUAACAGUCAACGUUACUAAUAUCAUUGGAUCAACAACUAAGUCAAGCAAGAUAACUGUCAAUCGAAUUGAUGCUGAAGCUGCUGCAAUUAUUUUCAUUGUGGUUGGGUGUGUUUGUAUAGUAUGUGGUGCAAUUGCUGUUAUAUGUGGUUGGUUAUUGAAUAAUCGGAUAUGGAUUGGAAUUUUAAUUGUGUUUGAUGUAUUGCUUCUUGUGGGAGGUAUAAUUCUCUUUGUUGUUUCUGUUGAUGUUGCUGCAAUAAUUGUCGUUUCGUGUGGCUGUAUUUACAUGCUUCUUGCUGUAGGUUCCGUUUUGUGUUUCAAGUGUGGUAUUUUUGAAAAGCAGAAAGAUGCACUGAAAGAAAAAGAGUGGUUUAAAAAUGUUGACUUUCGUAUCAUGCUUGGAUGGGCUUUCCUAGCGGCUGUCAUACCUCAUAUUAUAGUGGGUGUAAUCUAUGUUGUGAAGACUACAUAAAGGAGCCAUUGCUAAAAAGGUAGAAAACCCGACGUAUGCUGUGCAUGAUCUGACCAAGAAUGUCAAUGAUGGCAACCAUGCUCUCUAUGGAAGCCGAGACUGAAUAUUCCAGCAUCAUAUAUAAAUGUUUUUGUGAAUACUUGGAUGCAAUGGCCUUCAGGCAAAAAAGUUGUGUUGCCCAUCUGACCAACAGUUUUGAUUAUUUAGGGUCACUUUUUGUUUUGGUUUCUACCAAGAAGGAACCCAAAUUACUUUAUUUGCUGAUGUCAAGCUUUUUGCUAUCUAAACCAUUUUAGGCCUGUAGUAACUAUUUUACCAUCCAAAUUGUAUAAGGUGAGUGAUGUUGACAAUGAACCUUAGAAUUUGAUUAACAUUAAGAAAAAAAAUUACUGAUAAGCAGACCCUGAUUCUGAAAUGUCAGUUUGCUUGGGCAACACAACACUUUUUUGACCUCAUAAUUAGUUUGAUUUUGUUUACAUUUUAAGCAAGUUUACUACUGUUAUUAUCAAUAUAUAAUGCACAAUAUCUGGGAUUCUAACUAGUUUUAUUAUUGUAGUUUUAUCUUUGGUCCUAAUAUGUUAACCUAUUGCUUGAUGGAAUACCAUCCUUAAUAAUUAAUAUUUGAAUAUGUAAAUGGUGAGGGUUUUGUUUAUUAAAACACAUUUUAAAUUGGUAGAUCUGCCUUUCGUUCCCUAUGUUUAUCAAAAUCUUGGAUCUGUCAAUCAAUCGCAAUAACGUUAUCAGUCAUCACGUUUAUUGUAGACAGUGCUGCAUAAAGUGGCCUACAUAAAAUAAUAACACAGAAUUGUAGUGUUUUUACAAACGUAAAAUUAUGAUAAUAUAAAAUUAAAAGUAAACUAAAGUAUCCAAGACAAAAAUACACCAAACUGGAGUAAAUUAACUAGGUAUCAACCAAUAAAAUGCAUCAAUUAAGUAAAUGUUUAUUUUUUCCAGAAAAAGAAAAUCACAAUAUAAAAAUGUAUGCUAGAUGAAGAAAAAAUAAAUAAACAAACAUCAACUCUAAAGGUAACAACUGUUUAAAUGUACGUAAUUGUUAUUGUGAUUUCAGUUUCUUCACCAUACAUCUAUAUUUGUUUUAAAGAUAUACGGUACUAAUACCAAAAUUUAAUAUUGUAAUUUUUGUUUAAUGAAUUGGUAAUUUUUAUAUUUCAAAAAGCAUUUGGCUUCCAUUCCAAUUGAACAGACGUUUGGAUCUCAUUCCUAUAA